AUGUUAAAUUUAAAUAAAAAUUUUGAUAUUUUAAAAAAUGAUAAAUUUGGCAGGUACGCUGUAGCCUUACAAGACUACGAACCUGGUGACUUGAUAAUACAGGAAUCACCUUUUACAUACGGUCCCAAAAGUGACUCCCCACCAGUUUGUUUGGGAUGCCAUCGUAAAGUUGAUGGAAAAAUCUUAUGUUCUACAUGUGGUUGGCCUGUAUGCGAUGAAAAAUGUGAAAAGGAACCAAUUCAUUCGGAAAACGAAUGCAUAAUUUUUUCUUCGGUUAAAGUACGUUUCACCAAAGUUAAAAAUCCACAGGGGAAUUGUCCACAAUAUGAAUGCAUAACUCCAUUGAGAGUUCUUCUUGGAAAAGAAAAAUUUCCAGAAAUCUGGAAUUCUCAAAUAUCGAAACUGGAAUCACAUAACGAAGAAAGACAAAAGACAGAUAUAUGGAAAGUCGAGAGCAUUAAUACCGUUGGAUUUUUACAUAAAGUUUGUAAGCUCCAGGAGAGAUUUUCAUCAGAUCUCAUACAUUUUGCAUGUGGUAUUUUAGAAACGAAUGCUUUUUCAUCUCCGUCAUCUUACGGUUACGACAUGAGAUAUUUAUAUCCGAAAUCAUCUCUUUUCCUUCAUUCUUGCAUUCCAAAUGUGGGUCAUUACAUUUUUAAAAAUUCAAAUGAUGGGGAGAGGAGUAACGUAAUUCACGUGAGAGCAUCGUUAAAAAUUAAAAAAGGACAAGAAUUUACAUUGAGUUACACACAAACUCUUUGGCCUACCCUUCUAAGAAGAUCUCAUUUAAAGGAGGGGAAAUUUUUCGAUUGCUGUUGUCAAAGAUGUUCUGAUCCAACAGAAUUAAAAACAAAUUUCAGCACAAUAAAAUGUUCAAAUUGUUAUAACGGUUGGAUAUUGAAUACUGAUCCAUUAGUUGUGGAUGCUCCCUGGAAUUGUACAUCAUGCAAUUGGAAACUUACCGGAGAUUCCGUUUCAAAACUUUUUUCUAAUAUUCAACAAGAAGUUGAAAAUUUAAACAAAUUGGAUAAUUAUUUAGAUCCGGUGGAAAUCCGUGAAAAUUUUAUUAAAAAAUAUAAAUCCCUACUACAUCCCAACAAUGGGUUUUUAAUUAUCGUUAAAUAUUCAUUGGCUCAAUUGUACGGUCAAGCUAAAGAAUAUUUUUUAGAUGAUUUGCCUGAUAUUUUAUUAGAAAAAAAAUUGAAAUUGUGUUAUACAUUGGAUGAGGUAUUAAAAACAUUAAGGCCGGGUAUUUCCAGGCAAAGAGGAUGGAAUUUAUUUGAAUUACAAUCUUGUGUCGUUAAAUUUGCAAAAAAACAAUUUCGACGAAAUGAAAUUAAUGAAAAACAGUUGAAUGAGAAAAUUUCAAUGGCGAUUAAAUAUUUGAAUAAAAUUAUAUUUAUAUUUUCUUACGAUGAUCCCGAAUCGCCCGAAGGAAAUGCAAAAAAAAUGGCUGUUAAUAUUUUAAGUCAACUUGAAAAUUCUAUUUUCCAACAGCAGGACUAA